UGUUGUUCCUUUUUAUAUUUUAUUUAAAGGUCCAUUUGAUGAUUUACAGUUGUGUUUAUGAUCUUCAUUUCAAUCAUUGCUGAAUUUAUUUUCUUGUGAACCCUUUUACUGCAAUUCCUGAAUCUUGAAGAAUACAAAUGUGUUCAAUCAUAUAUGGACAUAUUGUGUUGUUUCUAUCUUCUCUUCCUUUACAUUCCAACCCCUUUUUGAAAACCAAUCAAAGCUUGUUCCUUUACAAUCCAACCCCAUGGAUCUGAUUGAGAGUAACAUCAUACGCCUUUAUGUGGAACAAAACCCAUACAAUUGGGCACAAUUCAUUUUCCUUUUUUUUUGUUCAUUGCAUGAAAAGUCAGAGAGAUAAAGAAGAAUGGAAAUUGAAGUGGAGAGAGAACGGAUAGGAGGAGGGAAAAAGAUAAGAAAUAGAGAGGAAACCAUUUUCUACCCUUGGAGGAAACUGUUCUUUUGGACUUAUUUCAGUUAAGUUAAUUUCAGUUUAGUUCAGUUUCUCUUUGCAAUUAAGUUUCUCUCAGUCCAAAAGAACGGGGCCUUAUUUUCCACCUUUUACGAACCAAACAUAGGGAAAUGGGAAAUUUCAUUUUGCUAGAAAUGUUUUCCGCCAAACUAAACACUCUCUCUUCAAGCCUGUCUAGAUGGACAUACAACUUACAAGAAGCAAAAAGCUUAGGUUUUGUCGGUUCAAGGCUAGCUUUUGGGAAUCCAUCAGAUCUGGAUUCGUGAAGAACAAUACAACACAAGUAAUUGAACCAGCAACCUCCAUCGAAGAAGAGGAAGAGCCUUUGCCUGAAGAAUUUGUGCUUGUUGAAAAGACUCAACCAGAUGGUACUGUUGAACAAAUAAUCUUUUCAUCAGGUGGAGAUGUUGAUUUGUAUGACUUGCAGGCAUUAUGUGAUAAGGUAGGAUGGCCUCGGAGACCACUCUCAAAACUUGCUGCAGCUUUGAAAAAUAGCUACAUGGUUGCUACAUUACAUUUAGUACGGAAAUCACCUGAAACAGAAGGUGAUGACAUCAAGACACUUAUUGGCAUGGCUCGUGCUACAUCUGAUCAUGCCUUCAAUGCUACAAUAUGGGAUGUUCUUGUAGAUCCAUCUUAUCAGGGCCAAGGGCUUGGAAAGGCUCUUGUAGAGAAGAUGAUAAGGGCUCUUCUACAAAGGGAUAUUGGCAACAUUUCGCUCUUUGCAGAUAGUAAAGUUGUUGAUUUCUAUCAAAAUUUAGGCUUUGAGCCUGAUCCAGAGGGGAUUAAGGGUAUGUUCUGGCAUCCGAAGUAUUAGAUUCUUGGGAUAGGCUCCGUGGGUUAAACUUGAAGGGGGAGCUGUUUUCAGCGAAGAGUUAGGACUUCUGAUGAUCGUAAUUAAUGUUACUUCCUGUUGUUUCUUGUUACGCUGCUUAUUGUGGCUGUAUACUAUAGAUUACAGAAAUGAGAAUUGUAAUGCAUAUCUGUUCUGUACCUCCGUCCAGAUUUACUUCUGUUCUUAGGAACCUCGGGCACUGUUUCAGUUGUUCUAGCCUACCUUUCCUUCAUAUAGGUUAGCUGAAGGUUUGAUGUGUUGUAAAGUUUGCUAAACAUGGAAAGUUGCAAUGUAAAACUUGCCAAAGACUUCUAAUAUGAGAAGCUAGAGAAAACAGAUAAUUUGUUUUUGGACUUGUAA